AUGCUCGACGACCGACAGCGUUCAUCGUCCGGCCCAGACUCCUCCGACACCACCAUGUCGACAAACAGACCCUUCUUCUCUAAUUUCCUCGCCGCGUUCCGCGCUCAGUCCGCCAUACAAAAAGCUGCAACAUCUUCCUCCACGGCAGCCUCGUAUCCCCACGCCUCUACAUCCUCAACACAGGCCUCGAGCUCAACGCAGUCUCGGACGUUAACAACUAAAGCGACCCCUUCUUCACCAGGUCCCACAGCCGCUGCUGUGCAAGCCACGUCUCAGUUCCAACCAACAAGGCAGCAUGCUGCACCCUACCACCGGUCUACCUCACCCACCACCAAAGCAUUCCCUAUUCCCGGCAACUCGAGAGGACGCAACAGGAGAGGCUCAGACAGCUCUUCGGAAGGGUUCAACGAAAUAAAGGGAGCAGAAAAAUGGUACAUUGGGGGUCGUACAGCGGCUGGCGAAGAGAGAUACUACAAGCUGGGGAUGGUCAAGCGACAGCGCAGUGUGGAUAGGUUAAGUCUCGACAAGCUAUCGAUAUAG